AACAUUGCAUUUUCACACAUGUACAUGCGACAAUUAGCAGUCGCAGCAGUAGCAGGCAUUGUGUGUAUCGGUCUUAUAUAUACAUGUAGCCACUUUGAUUCCAAAAUACGGAACGAAACAAAGAGAAUAAAAAAAAAAACAUACAACAGACAGAGAAAGAGAGCGAACAAAAAGGCGAACAGUUUUGGUGUCUUCGCGGUGUAUAACACACGCCAUAUCCAGAGAUAAAAGAAAGAGCGACAGAGAAUAAGACUGUCCGAAAAAAAAACUUUGAAGCCGAAAGAAAGACACAACACUUAUUUGGGAGCAAAAAAAAAGCGAGAGGGAGCAAAAGAAAGAAUACGAAAGAGAAACAGAAGAAGAAAUUUUUUUUUCUGUAGCAGCGAACGAACAUCGCGAGAGUAAAUAUUAAAAUCGCAUACAGAUCGCAAUAUUUCUGCAUCAUCGAAUUGUGUGGUAUUUUGCACAAAGUGUUCACAAUUUUUCGUAUAUUCAUUACGCUUGUUGCUCAUCUCUCACGCUCUAUUAAAAAUCCACAUCUUUUGGCAAAGAAAGAUUCAAAUUUUUGGUUAAAUCAACCGUAGUUAGAAAAGAAAGAACCGAACAAAUUCAGCAAAUAUGUCAAACGACAAGGAAAUUAAUGUAGAAAAUGAAAAUGAUAACGGCGUUGAAGUUGAAUCAAGCUACCAACCACCACCACAAAAAACCAUCGAAGAAAUUGUUGCCGCCGAUCAAGAGGAUGAAAGCUUACGCAAAUACAAGGAAGCAUUGCUGGGAGCCGCUCAAUCCGAGACAAUUAUAGUCGAUCCAAAUGAUCCACGUAAAGUAAUUGUUAAGAAGCUGGCACUUUGUGUGCCCGGACGAGAUGAUAUGGAAUUAGACUUGUCGGGCGAUAUAUCCAAAUUGAAGAAGCAAGUAUUCACAAUCAAAGAGGGUGUUCAGUAUAAAAUUCGCAUUGACUUCAUAGUGCAGCGCGAAAUUGUGCACGGUUUGAAAUAUGUGCAAAAAACCUAUCGAAUGCUAGUGCCAGUUGAUAAAAUGACACAUAUGGUGGGUUCGUAUCCGCCAAAGGCAGAAAUCCAAAGUUACACGACGCCAUUCGAGGAGGCUCCAUCUGGUAUGAUGACACGUGGAACGUAUUCGGUCACAUCACUGUUCACGGAUGACGAUAAAAAUGAGCACCUCAAAUGGGACUGGAAAUUCGAAAUCAAAGAGGACUGGUAAAGAGUGGUGGUUCAACGCGCUUCACGGCUUUCGAUGAAAUGUGGAUUUUUCAAGCAUUUUAUUGCAGGACCUAUUCGGAAUAAAAACAACAAGAACAACAACAAAACAAGAAAAAAAAAAUCUAUCCAACUAGAAUUCCGCUACUUAAUAUUGAUAUAUAAAUAAUUAAUUAUUCUUAAGCCAUUUGAAUGAACAACAGCAAACAAUCGAACACAUACAAGCAACAAAAUGAAAACAACAAAAAAAAAACAAUAUCAUCAACACCAGAGACCAAGAAAUUAUCUUUAACAAGAAACAAAAAAGCAACAUGAGUAUUAAAUAUUAUUAUUGUAAAAUGUAUAUUGAAUGUGAACCAAAUCGAUGACGGCUUGCCAUUUUUGCCGGUUGAGCUCUAAAAAUGGGCAACGCGCGCGCGCUCGUCGGCAAUUCACUUUCUCCCAAUUGAGGAUUGUUCUUCCGAUAUGUCGAUAUAAAACAAAACAACAAAUUAUGAACCGUGAAUUUUUUUUCCGAGGAAUAUUCAACAAGAACAGACAAAAAAAAAAUUAUGGAAUAAAAAAAAUCAAUUAUGUUGUGUAAUAAUAUGCCUUUAAUAUCGCUUGAAACAAUCAAAUAUUGCUCUAAAAAAAUCAACCGAUUCAUUAUUCGUAAUUCAUUUUUGUGUCUUCUAAAUUAAAUGUUUCUUUGUUUUCUCUUUUUUUUUUGAUAAGUCAAAACCAAUUUACAAGUAGUGGGUAAAAACAUUUGAAAAUGAAAGAAAAAUACAAUGAUUAUUAUCAAUGGAAA